CCUUGACAACGUUCAGGACCUGUUGUAGGCGCCCAUAUUUUACGGCUCGUUAAUAUGUUGACGGAGCAGAAGAAGAAGGCUCUACCUUUCGCAGCGAAUUUCGCUGCGGGGGCUAUCGCAGGUGUAUCAGAGAUCUUGACCUUCUAUCCCCUCGAUGUCGUUAAAACACGCAUGCAGCUGGAAACUGGGAAGUCACAACAUGGUUUGCUUGGAAGCUUCAAAAGCAUUAUUAAGGAGGAGGGUUUCGGGAGGUUGUAUAGAGGUUUGGUCCCACCUCUACUGCUUGAGGCUCCCAAGCGUGCAGUGAAAUUCGCAGCCAAUGAUUUCUGGGGCAAGACCUACCUAGGACUCACUGGGGAGACCAAAAUGACACAACCUCUGUCGGUUUUAACCGGAUGUAGCGCGGGUGCAACCGAAAGUUUUGUCGUCGUACCUUUUGAGCUCGUCAAGAUAAAGCUUCAGGAUAAGACCAGCACAUUCAAGGGUCCAAUGGAUGUCGUCUCCCAAAUUAUCAAGAAGGACGGUGUUUUAGGACUGUACGCUGGCAUGGAGGCUACUUUCUGGAGACAUCUUUAUUGGAAUGGUGGCUAUUUCGGUUGUAUCUUCCAGGUCCGGGCAUUAUUGCCCAAGGCCGAGAACCAACAAUCUGAACUCAUGAACAACUUCAUCUCUGGUUCCAUAGGAGGAUUCGCUGGCACCGCAUUAAACACCCCGUUCGACGUUGUAAAAUCCCGUAUUCAAGGUUCUGCCAAGGUUCCUGGUGUAACCCCCAAGUACAAUUGGACAUACCCCGCCUUGGUCACCAUCUUCAGGGAAGAAGGUCCAGCAGCUCUGUACAAGGGUUUCGUUCCCAAGGUGCUCCGUUUGGCUCCCGGAGGAGGAGUUCUGCUGCUCGUCGUGGAGUUCACCCUUGGCAUAUUCAGACAAGCACUUGGGCCUCCAUAUAUAUAGUAUUAGGUGCAGCAGAGUAGAAUGAGAAGAUGAUAUCCACAUUCAAAUUUAUUUGAUUCGUCGCAGUGAAUAGAUUGUUCUAUGAAUAUCUACGGGUACUAAUCACGGUAGUUUGGAGGUGGCUUGUGGACA